UCCAGUUCUUUUCUGUUUUUUAUCUCCUAAGAUUGAUAGAAACGGGGCUAACAAUAAUCCGUUUAAUGCAGCGUAGCUCACUUAUAAAUAUUUUAUUAAAAUGAGUAAAGCCUCAACUAAUGGGCUAGAAGAUGAAAAAAGUGUCUGUCAAGUUAUGUGUGAAGGAAAGAGUGAUUUGGAUCCUACCAAGAAAAGUUUUUACGAAACCUCUUCAUCUAAAAUUAAAAAGACAGGUGAGGAUCAAACUACAGAAAUCGUACAGCAUUAUAACAACGCUCCGUCCCUUUGUUUACAAGAGCGCAGACAGAGUUGCAUACUUUCCACUCGAAAUUUCAACAACUGGAUCAAAGCUGUGCUUAUACAGAAGUACGCCUUUCCAAACUGUGCCGUUUUGGAUUUAUGCUGCGGAAAAGGAGGAGACAUAAAUAAAUUUUGCAAGUCCGAAGCGUACUCGGUCAUCGGAGUCGACAUCGCUGCUGUUUCUGUUGAGCAGUGCAGAAAGCGUUACGAAGAUCUUUGGAACAGAAGACGGCCGCGCGCUUAUUACUUUGUUGCGGAUUGCUUUGUGGACCGGCUGAAGCCUCUGUACCCGCCGCCAUGCCCACUAUUUGACCUUGUUAGUUGCCAAUUCGCUAUUCACUACGCCUUCGAAACUCUGGCAAAAGCACGACGAUUAAUCUUAAAUGCUUCUGAGUGCUUGAGAGUCGGAGGCCAUUUUAUCUGCACCACGGCGGAUGCUUGUCGCAUUGUGAAGACUCUGCGCUUUCUAAGGACGACGAGCUUCGGCAAUAGUCUUUUUAAAAUCCGUUUUGAUGAUAGCCAGAAUAGUUUAGAGAGCGUCCCGGUCUUUGGAGCCAAGUAUUAUUAUUACCUUAAAGAAGCGGUGGACCACUUGCCUGAGUACCUCGUGCACCCCGCUGUUUUAAUUAGUUUAGUGGAAGAAUAUGGCAUGAAGCUAGUUUUAUACGAGCGCUUCCACGAGUUUUAUGCCCGAAAUAUACAAGACCCGUCAUACAGGGAACUCUUCAGCUGGAUGAAAGUUUUAAACGAAAAGAACACUAUAGACCACGAGCAGUGGGAUAUAGUGGGCUUCUAUGUAGUAUUUGCUUUUAAAAAGGUUGAGCAUAUCGUGCCGGACGAUUUCAUAGGAAAAACAAGGCAAGCAACUGUCUAG